AUGGCGCAGCUGAUCAACACCGGGCCUGCAAUCUGUGUCUUUGCAGCCCUAUUAUUCGCCGCAUCGGUCAUCGCCAGCUCCGGCGGUCCUUUCAUCGUGGCCCAUAAGAAGGCGACGCUGACCCGGCUCAAGCCCGGAUCCGAACGCGUCUCCGUUUCCAUUGAUGUCUACAAUCAAGGAUCCGCGACUGCAUAUGAUGUAACACUCAAUGAUGAUAGCUGGUCCCCAGAGGUAUUUGAAGUCGUCAGUGGUAACACCUCAAUUUCAUGGGAAAGGCUUGAUGUAGGGGCUGUUCUAUCUCAUUCCUUUGAGCUGGAGGCAAAAACGAAAACUCUAUUUUAUGGGUCACCAGCACUUAUUGCUUUUCGUGUUCCUACAAAGGCUGCCUUACAGGAGGCGUAUUCUACUCCAAUCCUGCCUCUUGAUGUUCUAGCAGAUAGGCCACCAGAAAAGAAGUUUGAUUUGAGACUGUUGGCGAAAUACGGAUCUCUUGUUUCAGUUGUAUCUAUUGUUGUGUUGUUCAUCUACCUGGUUGCGACCCCAUCAAAAUCCAGUGCUGCCAAGGGAAGCAAGAAGAAGCGUUGA